AUGGCUGCUGGUCUGGAGAAAGCUUGUCACCGAUGCAUAUCAAAAAUUGCCAGCAAUGCAUGCUUUAUUUUUGGUCUUCUUGCUUUCCUUGCUUUACCAUUGUCCAUGGCUUUUACAGGAAUGAAGUUUUUGGAAGAUUGCCCUAUACAACCACUAAUUCCCUUAUAUCUGUUGGUGGGUGGUGUUGUCGGCAGUUUAAAGGUGACCCUUCUGCUAUAUGACUCCACUAGGAUGAGGCACCUGCUUUCCAAAUCUGUCAUGAUUGAUGAUGACGAUGACGACGAAUACCCAUGGAGGCAGAAUGCUCACAAAUACUACAUCCAUCUUACCCUCAGCCUCUUUCUCUUUAUCUGGUUCAUACUGGGGAACUAUUGGGUGUUUUCUGUUUACCUGCCAAAUUUCAUCCCACCUUUCCACCAGCCCCAGGAUUACUGUGACAAAAUCCUGUACAUUUUUGCAGUUGGUGUUCUCAUUGUUAGCCAUACUGUGCUAGUGCUGCUUAUCUUCUGUAGCUGCUGCAUAUACUGCUUUUCUAGGUGCAGAUAUGCUGCUGAAGAAGACUAA